GUUUAUCAAGUUCAAUAGAUUUACAAUUCACAUCCAUAACGAUCAUGUUUCAUUUCAUACACAAAUUCUUGACCCGAUUUCCAAAUUAUUUUUCAUCUGAUUUCUUAGAAUUAAUUAAUCCAAUUUAUUAUCCUCCUAUAUUUAAUUCUCCUCAUCUAUCUAAUUCUUUAAAUGAUUUAUGGAGUCAUAGAUGGCAUCCAAUCUUAAAAAGAUCUUUUUUAACUUUAGGUGGUAAACCUACUUUUUGGUUUUUUAAUCAAUUCUUAGGAUUGAAUUUUAAACUUUCUCAACUUGCUGGUUUGAUCGGUACUUUUCUUGCAAGUGGAAUCUUACAUGAAUAUGCUGUCUUUGCUUUACUACAUCCAGUUAAUCCAUUAGACCAUCUCUUUGAUCAUUCUCCUGCUCUAUUAUACUACUUCAUAGCUCAAUCUUUAGCUAUCAUCUUUGAAAGUUUCUUACCCAAGAAAUUCUCUAGAGUCUUCUUUAUUGUCUUUUCAAUGUGGAUUUGUAAACCGUUUAUAAAUAGAUACAUUCUUGAUGCCAAGAUUUUAGAUUGAUAACCAUAAACUCUUUUCUACUUUUAUUUCUCAAUUUCAUUGUUUUCUUUUCUCUUCUUUCUCGGACGCGCCAAACACCAAGCAUCAUGUUUGUAUUAUAAGGUUUUUUUUUCAUGAUUUCAUCAUUCAUUUUCUCUAUCUUGUAUUGUUGGUUGUAGAGUUUUGCUGCUUAAUAACAAUCGCAUCCCAAUUCUUGCUUAC